AUGCUGUGGCAGCUAGUAUUGACGGUGGCGGUACUUGGCGCCGCGUACUACAGAUGGUCUCGAAGGAGGCUCUACCGGCUCAAGGCAGAGAUUCCCGGCUUACCGAACAAUUAUCCUAUAUUUGGACAUGCGCUCAUGUUCAUUGGGAGCAGUGAAGAUCGAAUGAGUUAUCUGCAAGAAAUGGGUCGAUGGUCAAACCAAUAUGGCGGUCUCUCAAGUGCAUGGUUGGGCAACAGACUGUUCAUUUGUAUUACCGACCCCUCGGCUAUCGAGCUUGUCUCUAAGACUUGCCUGGCUAAGGACGAGUUCACUCUGAAGUUCACCAGGACGGCAAUAGGCAACGGAUCCAUCUUUGCACCAGUAAACAUUUGGCACCCGCGCCGAAAAAUUAAUGCUCCAUUCUACAGCUUGAAAAACUUGAACAGAAUCGUGCCCCAGUUUCACACUCAGAGCGCUAUAAUGGUGGACCUCAUGAGGGUUGAGGUCGACCGAGGGGACUUUUCACUCUGGCAAUACAUCACUACCUACACAUUCGAUUCUGUUGGUGAGUCUGCAAUAGGCACUAAACUGCACUCGCAAGGAAACCCGGGGCACUAUUUAUUGCAAGCAAUAGACGCGUGUACACACAUGGUGGCGAAGCGGAUUCUGCAGCCGUGGCUGCAUCCAAACUUCGUUUACAAGCAUAUGCCCGUUUAUAAAGAGUUUCAAAAGCAUUUGGAAGGCGCCAAUGCGUUUUUAGACAAGACUAUAAAUAAUAAACGAAUGGAAAUAAAAGAAAACAAAAACACCAAAAAAGCGGACUGGGCAAAUUUCCUCGACGUAAUAAUCGAAUCGUCUGGAGGCGUGGAUAAAGGUUACUCCGACAUGGAGCUACGCGAGGAGAUCAUGGUGAUGAUGGUCGCUGGGAGUGACACCUCAGCCACAGGAGCCUGCUUCACCGCUGUGCUGCUGUCGCGGCAUCCUGAGGUGCAGGAGCGAGUGCACCAGGAAUUGCGCGAGGUAUUCAGCGAUUCGGACCGAGCGGUCACGGCGGAGGAUCUUCCGCGCCUGAAAUAUCUGGAAGCUGUGUUUAAGGAGAGUCUGCGGCUGUACCCACCCGUGCCGAUUGUGGCGCGGGAGGUGCACAGCGACUUGGUUUUACCAUCAGGCGCAACGUUGGUAGACGGGACAUCCGUCAUGAUCAACAUCUGGGGCGCGCACCGCAACCCCGCGUACUGGGGAGACGACGCGGAGGAGUUUCGUCCCGAGCGGUUCAUGGAGGCGCUGCGGCACCCUGCGCAGUUCGUGCCGUUCAGCUACUCUGUCAGAAACUGUAUAGGCCAAACGUACGCCAUGCUGUCAGCUAAAACGGUCCUGGCUAACCUGCUCCGGCGCUACCGCCUGCUGCCCCCGGCCUGCGCGCGCGCAGCCGACUGGCAGCGCCCUCUGCCCGUCAAGUUCGACAUCAUGAUGAAGGCCGCAGACGGCUUCGCUGUUAGGAUAGAAGAGAGAAAAACAUUAUGA